AUGUCGACUCGCGGACGCGGUCGCGGGCGAGGUAGAGGUAGGACAGGCACCGUUACUCCUGCUUCCAUAGGGACUGAUCCAGUAGACUUUAUGGCUGCCCUGGGAAAUAUGGCUGCAGCUAUGCAUGCAACAGUUGAGGCAUUGGGUAAUCAGAUAAAUCAGGAUAAUCAUGGGAACAAUAAUGAUGAGGAUGGUCCUAUGACACUUGCUACAUUUCUGAAAGUUCACCCUCCGACCUUCAGGGGAACCUCAAAUCCCACUAAUGCAGAUAAUUGGAUUCAGGCUAUGGAAAGGGCAUUACAGGCACAACAGGUUCCUGAAGAGCAAUGGGUUGAAUUUGGAACUUAUCAAUUGCAAGGUGAAGCUCAGUAUUGGUGGCAGGGAACACGACGUAUCCUGCAGCCUGAUGGUGCUGCGAUUCCUUGGGAGGUUUUUCGGACAGAGUUCUAUAAGAAAUACUUUUUUAAUUCAGCUAGAAAUGCCAAGGAACUUGAAUUAAUGCAGUUAAAGCAAGGACAGAUGACUGUUGCUGAGUAUACCAGUAAAUUUGAGGAGUUAUGUCACUUUUCUCGUAUCUGUCAAGGUGUGCCUGAAGAUUUUGCUGAAUGA